AUGGGGCUCUCGGCAGCUUCAGCGGUGGCUGCGUUGUGCUUCGCGCUGUGUGUAGGCAUCACCACAGUCGGCGGCAUUCGGGUCACGCUCAUAUCGGAUAUCCACUACGACCCGCUGUAUGGCACCGAAAAGGCGAAAGGCUGCACGGAUGCCUCUUAUUCUGUCUGGGGCAUGCCCGGCUGCGACUCGUCACCGCAACUGACGGCACGUGCUCUGGAGGACGUAUCGGCGCAGAACACGAGUUUGUUGCUUUACGGUGGCGACUGGCAGCGGCACAGCUUCCUCGAGAGCGGAUUGAAGCCUGACGCAAUCUUUAAGGACUUGUCGAGGCGCUUCCGCAAUGUCACGGUGGACGGCUCGCUCGGCGAGGUUGCUUUCUGUGCGUCACUGGGCAAUAAUGAUGUCGUGCCCGACUACUAUUAUUCGUGGGAGAACGAGACGUCGGUGCAACAGCUGACGUACCGUGUUGAUGCGAUGCGAGAUGCCGGGCUUUUGAGUGACGCAGAGGCUUCCGUCAUGGUGAAGUGCGGUUAUUACACACACGAGAUGGCUAACGUGCAUGUCAUUGUGCUGCACACGCUGCUGUGGGCGCACAGCCUCAGACCCCCUCUGGCCUCCAGUGUCAGAGACCCAUGUAACCAGCUCUCUUUUCUGCGAAAUGAGCUGGUGAAGGCGCGGAGAGAUAGGAAGCGUGCGAUCAUCAUGGGGCACAUUCCCCCUGGCAUCGACCUCUAUGCUGUGCUUAAGCGUGGCUUCAAAUCUGAAGAGGAUGACAUGUUUUGGAAGGAGGAAUAUGUGACAGCCUACGACAGCAUCGUCAGCGAAUUCAAGGACCUCAUCGUGGUGCAGUUGUUCGGGCAUACGCACCAUUUCAGGCUGCUCACGAUGCCACGAAGUGGCGCAUUGGCCCUCAUUAUCCCCGCCAUCUCACCCAUCUUCGGCAACAAUCCGUAUUAUAUGGUGGCCAGCUUCAGCAACGCCUGGUCACUGGAGGACGUACUGAUUCGCUACGCCACCGGCGAUGGUGUAUUCCACUCCGGAAUCUCUGCCAAAUUUAUGCUCAACCUGACUGUCGGACUGCAUUCUGUCGCCGACGUGCGAGCGGCCAUCGCACUACUAGCGACCGACGAUGUGAUGUUUGAGCGUUUCAUCACUGCGUUCUGCGGUGGCGAGAAGCGCCUCCAAGUCUUCCCCAAGUCGGAGUGCGACAACCAAUGCCGCCACACUCUUGUCUGCUCGAUGCUGGAGAACAAUUACUCAACUAUUCAGCGCUGUGUAGCCGAGUUCGGUGACCUGCCAGGACCUUCUCGUGGCACUCGGCUCUCUGGCGGCAUGAUUGCUGUCAUCGUCCUACUUUCGCUGCUUGUGAUAGGGGCAAUCGUGGUACUGCUGCUCUGGAGUCGCAGAAGACGGACAGCGCUUUUCUGGCCGAAUGUGGGGUGCUCGACCUGGUGGAAUUUCUUCCACUGGAAUCAGGAGAACACCACCGUCAGGCUGGAGAACAUCGAGAUGGAGGUCCCACCAUGCCGGUCUUGA